AUGGAGCGUCCUAGUAAGCGACAGCGUCUUUCUCUAGGAGAAUCGGCGGACCGAACAGGCGAUUUCGACCUUGAGACCGCUCGAGCACGAAAUGACCAAAGACUCAAAUCGCUUUUCGAGGGCAUCUUUGAAAAAUAUGGCAGAGACUUCAGCGAUAUAGGCGAUGAGAUCGACCUACGGACAGGCGAGAUUGUCGUGAACAAGGGACAUGUGUUGCACAUGGAGCAUGAGGAUGACACGGGAGACUUGCCGGGGCUCAGAAUGCCAAAGAGGGCAGUAUCGCAGUUCUUAGGCGACGAACGGCAAAAUCUCGACACGCCUGACGACAAAGAAUUAGAUUCUUUGCCCCGUAACAAUUUGCCUUCUUCGAUCCCCGCCAAUAAAAAGUCUCCCAAGCCAAGCCGAGCGAUUGACCCUCGAUGGCAGCCUCCUGAGAUAGAUGCGGAAUUUUGGACGCCUCCGAAAAAGGAGUCCCCCAAGGAAACAAGUGCGAGUCCCCGUAAAGAGCAAGUCAGCUCUCCUCCGACGGCAGCAUCUGUCUGGGCUAUUCGCACUCCCGGACGGCCUCGAGGAUCUACCUCAAAAAGACAGACACCUUUGAAUAAUAGCAAACCCCUAGCCAGCCAGUCGAAACGAAAACGCAGAUCUCGGAUCAAGCUUGACUGGAGUUUUGCCCAACGAAAGAGUGAUGACAGUGACUCAGAUGAUCCUCUUCAGGAAGAGGCACCACCUUCAAGCAAUCGCUCCGUCAAAAUUCGUGCUCGUAGCAGUGUUCCCCUGACGCCCCGAGCAGUAAAUUCAGUGUCGAACAAUGCAAUCGACGUCAUUCCGACAUGUGAUUGCAAACCUGCUAAAUCAGAAGAGAGACACUACGAUGAACUAAUAAAAGCAACUACACCUAUACCCGAGACACCUGAAGUGAAUUCCUCGAGUCCAACGACAGCGGAUGACACACCAACGCAAAAAAGCUAUGCGAUAAUUUUGGAAUCGCCUACAUUCAUAGAACCAGAAGAAGUCAUCCUCACUCCAGAUGAGGUCAAAUUGAUUAUUCAAAUGAAAUUCGAAGAUAUGGAUAUAUCCUGGGAAGAAAUUGUAGAGCACCUUCCGGGGAGGACGUUGAAUGAUCUGCUGAAUUGGGUGAACCAUCGUCCAUAUCUGUUAGAUGGGACGUUAACAAGUAGCAGCUGGUCACCAAGAGACUUGAACAAGCUUGGCGAAUUGGCAGAUAAAUCGGGCACCUGGUGGCGAGAUUUUCAGGCUCGAUUUCCUCAUCAACAAAGAAGAGAGAUAGAGGAUCAGGUGAUACGACUUUGGGCUCAGAACCACUCGGGGCAGGUUAAAAAAUGGCAGGAUGAUGGGGUAGAGACAACAAGAAUGGGAUUUACUGAACGAAAGCGGUCCCGCAUCCCAUAUUCGGACGAGAAUGAUACCGCCUUAAAGACAGGCGACAUCAUGACCAAUGACGACCUAGACGAUCUGCUGGAAGAGGGAUCAGAUAACGACUGGUCAGAGAUAUCGGCUAUUGAUGCGAAUGCUCGAAAAGCCGAAGUGUUCAUCAAUUCGCCUCGAGUGUCGCCAAGGAAAGGAUCCGCAUCUCCACGCAAAUAUUAUUGA